CAGAUCGAGAGAGAAGUACUUGAUGGCUAACUUUUGACGCACAGAAGAGCUUGAAAAGAUCGCAACUUUUGACGCAGCUGCUCUCUAUUGGCAUCAUUCGUCCUCCUCUGUGUCACACUCUCCCACCCCACCACCUUCCUUUUCUCCUCCUCUUCCUCUUCCUCUUCCUCUUCUUCAUUGGACGCAAAGGUCAUCCCUUUGGAAACGAAUUAAAGAAGGGACGAUUCAACGGAGAUACGAUUCUAAGUAAGAGGAUCAAGCACAGAACUUUAAGUCUCUCACAUUUGCCUCCGAUGGCCGCAACCCGCACGUUCCCGCUCUUCCUCUCCGCGGCUCUGCACGUCUUCGUCCUCUGCUCAGCGUCCUCAGAAGCUGACACUCUCCUCUCCUUCAAAUCCUCCAUUGAAGACCCAAACCACUCUCUGUCCACCUGGUCCCACUCUUCCUCUCCCUCACCCGCUCACUACUACUGUAACUGGGCUGGCGUUUCUUGCACCGCUAACCCGCCAUUCCAGGUUACUGCGCUCAACCUUCAAGCCCUGAACCUCUCCGGUGAGAUCUCAGCUUCGGUGUGCGAGCUUCGCUCUCUGUCUUACCUCAAUCUUGCUGACAACCUCUUCAACCAGCCCAUUCCUCUGGAGCUCUCUCUGUGCACUUCCCUGGAGACUCUGAACCUCAGCAACAACCUCAUCUGGGGCACUGUGCCCGACCAGAUUGCUCUGUUCAGCUCCCUGAAGGUUCUUGAUUUGAGCAGGAACCACAUUGAGGGAAAAAUCCCAGAUAGCAUUGGUGCUCUCAAGGACCUCCAAGUUCUCAAUUUGGGAAGCAACUUGCUCUCAGGUAACGUGCCUCCUAUUUUUGGGAAUUUCACAGAGCUUGUUGUCCUUGAUUUGUCUGAGAAUGCGUAUUUGGCGAGCGAGAUUCUUGGUGAUUUCGGGAAGCUCGUGAGGCUGGAGCAGCUUUUGCUUCAAAGGUCUGGCUUUCAUGGUGGGAUACCAGAUUCCUUUGCGGGGUUACAGAGUCUGGCUAUUUUGGACCUUUCUCAGAAUAACCUCACUGGUGGGAUUUCUCAGACAGUCGUCGCUUCACUAAAGAACUUGGUUUCUUUUGAUGUCUCCCAGAAUAGGCUUGCGGGGUCAUUUCCUGAUGGUUUCUGUGGCGCGAAAGGUCUUAUAGAACUCAGUCUCCAUACAAAUUUGCUUAAUGGGUCGGUGCCUGAGUCCAUCCACGAGUGCUUGAAUCUAGAGAAGUUCCAAAUUCAGAACAACGAUUUUUCCGGUGAGUUUCCUAGUGGGUUAUGGUCAUUGCCCAAGAUUAAAGUGGUAAGGGCUGAAAACAAUAGGUUUUCUGGAGAUAUACCAGAUUCUGUGUCCAUGGCUACAAAGUUGGAACAAGUUCAGAUUGAUAACAACAGCUUCACGGGUAAAAUUCCUAAGGGUCUUGGUCUAGUCAAGAGCUUAUACAGAUUCUCGGGGUCUCUGAAUAAAUUCGAAGGCGAAAUCCCUCCAAAUUUUUGCGAUUCGCCCGUUAUGAGCAUAGUGAAUCUUUCCCACAACGCUCUUUCUGGUCAGAUCCCAGAGCUGACGAAAUGCAGGAGGCUCGUUUCAUUGGCAUUGGCAGACAACAGUCUGACCGGGGAAAUCCCCUUAUCGCUUGCGGAUCUGUCGGUAUUAACUUACCUUGACCUUUCAGCUAACAAUCUCACUGGACCAAUCCCACAACAGUUUCAGAACUUGAAGCUUGCUCUCCUGAAUGUGUCCUUCAACCAGCUCUCUGGGAGGGUUCCAUAUGCUCUGGUUUCAGGUCUUCCCGCUUCGUUUCUCCAAGGAAAUCUUGGUCUCUGUGGGCCAGGAUUAUCAACACCAUGUUUGGAUGACCAACCAAGCCGCCACAAGACGAGGAUUACGACAUUGACAUAUGCCCUGAUUUCUGUGGCUUUUGGUGUUGGGGUGUUAAUUGUAGCUGCUGGUUUCUUCGUGUAUCACAAGUCAUCAAAGCAAAAACAGCAAAGGGGUGUUUGGCGUUCGGUCUUCUUUUAUCCUCUGAGAGUCACCGAGCAGGAUUUGAUCAUGGGAAUGGAUGAGAAAACCGCUGCCGGAGGCGGUGGGGCUUUCGGCAGAGUGUAUGUGCUAAGUCUGCCUAGUGGCGAACUGAUUGCAGUGAAAAAGUUGGUUAAUUUUGGAAUCCACUCUUCCAAAGCCCUGAAGUCUGAGAUCAAGACAUUAGCUAAAACUAGGCACAAAAGCAUUGCCAAAAUUCUGGGUUUCUUCCACUCCGACGAGUCAAUAUUUGUAAUCUAUGAAUUUGUGCCUGGUGGUAGCUUGGCAGACUUACUUUUCAGGCCAAACUUUCAGCUUCAGUGGAGCUUUAGAUUCCGGAUUGCCAUUGGAGUUGCGCAAGGACUGGCAUACCUGCACAAGGAUUACGUUCCUCGUUUACUUCACAGGAAUGUUAAGUCGAGUAAUAUUCUUCUGGACACUGAAUUCAACCCCAAGCUCACUGAUUUCGCUCUUGACCAAGUAGUCGGCGAAGCGGCAUUUCAGACAAUAGUAGUUUCAGAAUUAGCUUCCUCUUGUUACAGUGCUCCAGAAUGUGGAUACAGCAAGAAAGCUACUGAGCAGAUGGAUGUUUACAGCUUCGGGGUCAUGUUGUUGGAGCUGGUGACUGGCCGGCGAGCAGAGCAAAGGGAACUGGUCGAGUCUGUCGAUAUUGUGAAGUGGGUUCGACGGAAAAUCAACCUCACGAACGGGGUCCUCCAAGUACUCGACCCCAAGAUAUCAAGCUCCUCCCAACAGGAAAUGCUGGGAGCACUGGAGAUCGCUCUGCGCUGCACAUCGGUGGCACCGGAGAAACGACCAUCUAUGCCUGAAGUCGUGAGAAAUCUUCAGUUACUCGGUUCUAAGGGUAGCUUUCCGAGUUUAGAGUUCUCUGCCUCAGAGAACCCUUUGUCAGUGUGAAAAUUAAGCCAAAGUCCUGCCAUGUAAAUUCGACUUUUUUUCCUGCAUCUCUCUUUUCGAUUUUUGAUGAUAUGAGAAAGAACGUCUGAGAACUCUCUCUUAGAUAAA